UCUCCACGAAAAGGCCAGGAAAUCGUGCCACAACAGGGGUCUGAAGACCGCGUAGUUUUUAGUUGUGGUCGAUAAUUUCACAUGGUCCUUCGAGCCGGUGGAGAAUAUGGGCCGGAAGACCGAGCAUUAUGGAGACAUGUUCGCCCCAAUUCUUCUCCAGAAACUGCCAAAGGCGGUGCGCCUGGAUGUCUGCAAAGGUGUAGGCGAUGCGUCCUUCUCGUUGCAAGAAGUGCUGCGGCAGUUGCGGGAAGAAAUAAGAACCAGGGAACGCUGUUCCUAUGUGUCCAGCGUCCAAAGUGGCACCAGAGAACCAAGCCGGGGCGCCAUGGCAACAGCGGCAUCACUAAACACGACAGUGCACAAUAUGGCGUGCAUCUACUGUGGGCGGGACCACGCUACCGCGUCAUGUUCCGUUGUAACCAGUGUGGCCAAGCGGAAAGAUUCGUUGAUCCAGCAGCGCCGCUGUUUUGUGUGUACGAGGAAAGGACAUAUAGCAGCGAAGUGUAUGUCUAAGACACGAUGUGGCAAAUGUGAUAGACGGCAUCACACCACCAUUUGCGCAGACGGGCAGCAGACAUUCUCCGGAACGUGCUCCGCCAUGUCGCAGGCAUCGGCACCGCUACUCCAGACGGCCAAGGCAGCGGUGGCCUCACAGGAAGACCCGAACCGUCAGCUCAAAGCCCGCAUCUUGCUGGAUUUGGGCAGCCAGCGGUCAUAUGUAACAAACAGCCUGCGUCAACAGUUGGACCUGCCGACGGACCACACGGAGCAGCUGGCCAUACGUGGUUUUGGCACACAGCACGGGUCGCCAAAGGAAGUCGACGUCGUGCGACUAAGCAUCGCUACACUGGAGGGGAGCCCAGUGUCAGUGGCAGCAGUAGCCGUUCCCUUGAUCAGCGCGCCGAUCAGCCGGCAAUUUCCGACCGAGGUAGCGGAGUCGCUCGCACCGUUCUCGACAUUGCAACUGGCUGAUGAUUGCACUGGCGCGGCCAAUGUGGACAUCCUGAUUGGUGCAGACCACUACUGGGAAUUCACAGAGGGCAACGUCAUCCGUGGCAGUGAUACCCUGGUUGCCAUAGCGACAAAGCUUGGUUGGGUUUUGUCCGGUUGUCCCAAGCCAUCAGCACCAGCUUCAGCAGCAACGCACGUGUUCGCGGUCACGGCUGAGCAGCUAGAGCAGCAGCUAAAGCGGUUCUGGGACUUGGAGUCUCUCGGUAUCCAGCCCUUGGAUGGGAACCCAGUGCAAGCAGCGUUCGACGAGACGAUCAAGUUUGCUGACGGCCGCUACACUGUGAGCCUCCCGUGGAAAGAAGUCCACGCUGUGCUGCCGGACAAUUUUGGACUGAGCCACAAGCGGCUAUUGUCUCUCACCAACAAGAUCGAGAAGGUGCCAGACGUGUUCAGUGAGUAUGCCCGUGUCAUGGCAGAGCAGCUGGCAACUGGCGUCAUUGAAGAGGUACCAGCAAACGAAGUCGGCGAGGUGGGUGAAGUUCAUUACAUUCCCCACCAAGCAGUGGUCCGCAAGGACAAGGCUACCACCAAGGUGCGGGUGGUGUACGAUGCCUCAGCACACGCAGGGAAGAAUCCUUCCAUCAACAGCUGCCUCCACUCCGGGCCGAAUUUGCUGGAGCACAUCCCAGACAUCCUCCUCCGCUUUCGGUGCUAUCCAGUUGCCCUGACUGGUGACAUUGAGAAGGCGUUUCUCAUGCUCAACGUAUGCGAGCACGACCGGAAUGCGCUGCGGUUCCUGUGGUGGGAUCGGCCGUUCUCGAGCGAGCGGCAAGUGCAGGUGUACCGGUUCGCUCGCGUGAUGUUCGGGCUCACAUCGAGUCCAUUCCUCCUCAACGCCACACUGAAACAUCAUCUCGAGCAGUACCGGCAAGAGGAUCCAGAAUUCGUUGAUGAAAUCAGCCGCAGCAUGUACGUCGAUGACCUGGCAGCGGGCGCAGCGGAUGACGAGGAAGCGGUGGAGCUGUACACGAAGCUCAAGGUCCGCAUGGCUGAUGGUGGGUUCAAUAUACGCAAAUUUGCGUCAAGUUCCACAGCUGUGCAAGAGCACAUCAACCGCACAGAAGGAGAUACGGCUGCAGUUCACCCUAGCUCCGGGACAGCGUGCGAGGACGACUCCACGUACGCCAAGGCAUCACUGAAUGUACAGCCCCAUGAUUGUGACAAGGUUCUGGGUGUCACGUGGGACCGCCAGACUGACAGCAUAACGGUGGACAUCGCGUCAGUCUUCGACUCAGCAAAGGAACGGCCUACGAAGCGUACUGUCUCAUCGCAAGCGGCACGGUUGUUCGAUCCACUCGGCAUAGUAUCGCCAGUCACGGUCAAGCUCAAGAUAUUCUUACAGCAGCUACAUGUCGCCGGUCUGGACUGGGAUUCACCGCUAUCAAUCGAACAGGAGCGGGAGUGGGCAUCCCUGAUGAGUGCACUUCAGCGAGCAGCACCAGUGCGCAUGCCACGAUGCUAUUUCAGCGGCGCUACAGCAGACGCCAAAGUAUCGCUACACGGGUUCUGUGACGCUUCACAAGCCGCGUUUGCCUCCGUCGUGUACCUGAGGAUCGAAGCAGCGACCGUGUCCAUUCAGUUCGCCAUGGCGAAGACCAGAGUAGCACCGACAGCGAAACAGACCAUCCCACGGCUCGAGUUACUCGCAGCGUUGACGCUCGCCCGUCUGUUGGUCACAGUACGCCAAGCCCUGGACAAGCAGAUCACGGUAGCAUCGACUCACUGCUGGACCGACUCACGAGUUGCGUUGGGUUGGAUCACCAACACGGAGCAGGAGUGGAAGCAAUUCGUGCACAACCGGGUGUGCGAGAUCAGGCGACUCACCGACGUCAGUGUGUGGGACUUCUGCCCAGGCACCCUGAACCCAGCCGACAUUCCGUCACGUGGUGCUACGCCGGACGAGUUGCAUACGUCGGUCUGGCUAACAGGCCCAGCAUGGCUCAGAGAGAGUGAGCGGCCACCGGGUACGAGCUUCACGGAGGGAGAGCAAGUCCCUGAGGAGUGUCGGCAAGAGUUAAAGAAGUCAGCUCAGGUCACAAGUCUGGUGACUACCGACGCAACUAGCAGCAGCAUCAGCGCCAUUAUGGACUGCACACAGUACAGCUCCUAUCAGAAGUUGCGGCGAGUUACAGCGUACGUGUUGAAGUUCGUGAAGCUCGUGCAAGGCCGACGAGACGAAGCAGCCGCAGAGACGGUACUGCUAGAUGAAGCGCAACGGCUAUGGAUUGCUGACGUGCAGCAGUCAGCACCAGACGCAACCAACCGCAUCGCCAAGGCCAAGAAGCAGCUUGUCAUCUUCGCAGAUGAGUCAGGUCUGCUAAGGUGUGGUGGAAGAUUGCAGGCAGCGGAUCUGUCGGCAGGCCAGAAACACCCAGUACUGCUGAUACCCGGGCACCACGUCACCGAGUUGAUCGUCGCUGACUGCCACGAGCGAGUGCUGCACAAUGGUGUACCAGAGACGCUGACGGAGCUACGAGCUCAGUUCUGGAUAUGUCGUGGUCGUCAGUACGUGCGUAUGUUGCUGCACCGAUGCAGACUCUGCAAGAUGCUGGAGGGCAAGCCGUACGCGGGACCACCGCCACCUCCACUGAGUGAAUUUCGCACGCAGGUCGGCUACGCGUUUCAGCACACAGGCGUUGAUUUCGCCGGUCCGUUUCAUGUGCGGACAGCGCAAGAUGUGGAGAAGGCAUACCUGGUACUGUAUACGUGCGCAGUCACCCGAGCAGUGCAUUUGGAUCUCGUCAGCGAUCUUAGUACAACCACCUUUCUCCGGAGCUUCCGGAGAUUUGUAGCGCGGCGAGGAGUGCCGGCAGUUGUGAAGUCCGACAACGGCAAGACCUUCAAGGCAGCCGCACGUCUCUUGCGAGACCUCCAUGUGGAACCGGAGACGAAGAGCUACUUGCAAGCCAAGAACAUCCGUUGGACGUUCAAUCUGGAGAAGGCACCUUGGUGGGGUGGCUUCUUUGAGCGACUCAUCAAGAGUGUCAAGCGAUGCGUCAAGAAGGUCCUGCGGUCGGCGCAGAUUACAGCUGACGAGCUAUUGACAUUACUCGCAGAUGUCGAGGCAAUUCUAAACUCGCGCCCGUUGACGCACGUUUCGACGGAGGAUGUACGAGAGCCGCUGACGCCAUCUCACCUGCUAUGUGGCCGAAGAGUUCUGUCACUACCUGACAUGGUCGCCGACGAUCCUGACGAAGUGCCUGUAAGCCGCAGAUAUGCCUAUCUGCAAGAACUCCUGCGUCACUUCUGGUCUCGGUGGAAGAAUGAGUACCUGCUGGAGCUCCGGAACAGCCACCGUAUCGGACGUCACACCGAUGUUGAUACUAUCGCCGUGGGUGACAUUGUGGUGAUUCACCAAGACGGGGUUCAACGCGGCCUGUGGAAGCUGGGAGUCGUAGACAGCUUGCGUCCAAGCGAGGAUGGUCGUGUGCGAGGAGCUGUGGUGCGCACAACAACGAAGAGCGGCCGACCGACAACGCUAAACCGGCCGAUUCAACGCCUCUAUCCGGUUGAACAGCUUGUCGUAUCACCAACCGCAGCGACACCUGAAAAGUCGACGCAGCAGAUGCCUGAUGCAGCGGACGACACGCCUGUCGAGGACGCAGCAGACGCCAGCCCAGUUCCGGACACCCGGCAGACACGCCCACGUCGGGCUGCAGCUCAGCGAGCGCAGCAGGAGCGACAACAGCUUAUCAGUGCCAACAGGUUGUGA